GAAAUUCGAAGUGUUUGUGAUCGAUACACAGAAUUGGGCUUACCAAAUUUUCCAACCGGUAUCGCAUUCAUAUUCUGGGAGCAAUAUCUCAGUUUAAGAUGGAAUCUGCUUGUUGCCAUUUGUGUAAUUACUAGUGCAAUAUUUCUUGUCAUAUCGAUAUUAAUUUUUAAUCCAUGGGCAGCUAUGAUGGUGACAAUUGUGGUCAUUUCAAUGACUAUUGAAUUGGCAGGUUUCAUGGGUGCUACCGGUGUUAAGCUUAAUCCGGUUAGCGCGGUUACGCUUGUUGCCGCUGUUGGAAUUGGUAAAUUUUUCAUUUUGAAUUCACUUUUUAUUAGGAAAAAAAAAAACAAAAAUGAAAUAGUCUUUGAAAUUUGA